GCAUCAAACAGCCAAUGGCGUCGAAGUCAACAGACAUCCCACCGCUUUUCCUUACAUUAUCUUCAUACUGUCAUACUCUAAUCUCUGAAUUCAGCCUAUUAAGUAUUUUCAAUAUUUUCAUUAGUCGUUCUGUAGUUCGGUUCGCCGUGUUGUCGCGCAUUGCGCAAUAGUAAUUUAUUUAUUUAUUUUUUUUUUUUUUUACAUAUUAUUUUGUUAGUUAUUUUACCAUAGCGCUGCCCUUUGGGUCGCCUAUAAACUGUAAGCAUAGUAAAUUUAAUUAACCUGUAGUAAUUUAACGCCGUAUUAGUUUAAUACCUCCAGUAUAAUUGUGCAAUUUAAUCUAGCCCAAGGAUUGUAUUACCUGUGUUAACAAACACACUUAGGUAACCUGAUUCAAAUUUGAUAUUAUUUGUUUUAUAAACGAUAUUUCCACUUUUACAUUUACAAUAUUUGUGAAAUCAAUUAUUUGCUACAUCACAGCUGUUAAAAUGGGUAUAACCAAGAGGCCUGCUAGCAAUUGCAGUGAUGAAAUACUUCCGGUUGAUAUUGAUGAUCUUGUUGACAAUACGGUUUACUCUACUUCCAACUCUGAUACCAGUGAUGAAUCAGAUUAUGAAAUGAUUUUACCAUCAAUCAUCACCAUAAGUGAUUAUUCAUCACUCUACACAGAUUUCUGCCCUGAUAUAAGGAUUACUGCAUGUACUGCACGUCUUAAUUCAGAAGCUGAUACUAAACUGGUAUCACAUAAGAAAAAAAAUAUUUCUCAAAUGGGACGUAAAAAAGCAAAUCGUGCACAAAAUGAAAAUUUUCUUCUAUCUUUGAGUGAUGAACUUGAAGAUGAUAUAUUUUGUAAUGACAACAAAAAUGGAUUCACCAAAGCAAUCAACAGGCUUUCAACUCAGCCUGAUUUGAAAGAAUCAUUUAUUGAAGGAAAUGAUGAACUUGUACUAAAAAAAUGCACCAAAGGUUCUACUGCUGAAAUGAAUGCUGAAAAAAAAUCAAAACGAAGCAUUCGCCCGGAUUUAGCAUUUAAAAAUCUGACUACAUCACAAAAAUCCCUCUUUAAACAAAAAAGCUUACCUUUUGCUGCCAUAGAUCAUCUGGAAACUGAAGUUGUCCAAUAUUUUUCACUUGUACCUAAAGGCAUUUACACAUCAGCUCCAUUGCCGAGUUACAAUAGAAUGCUGCUGCACAGUAUUGUUCGUUACUAUUCUUUGGAUGCUAUGAGCGUGAAUAGCCGUGGUCGGCGCGCCCAGAAAAUUGUACAAGUACGCAACACUCGUUUUGAUGAUUUCAAACCACCUUGUAUGAGCUUGUUGAAAUACAUAUCAAGUCUUAAUAGCAAUCACUAAACAACAAAUGGCCAUCAUCAUUGGAUUUAACGACUCCUUGAUAACAGACGUUUUUCGUUCAGCUUAAUAUAUUAUAAUUAUAUAUUAGAUAAGUUUUAUAUUCUAUUAUUUUUUUGCAUAAUUUUUACGUUU